AUGUCUGGCACCAAACGAAUCGAGAAGUGGGAAAUCGACCGAUACUGGGAGAUCUUCUCCUCGCUGGUCCAACAACCCGCCUCGCCGUCGUCGCGGCUGACGAACCAGGCCGCAGCCAAUGUCCUCCGCAACUCGCAACUGAGAGAUGACCAGCUCGAGAGGGUGUGGGAUCUGGCCGACGUCGACGGCGACGGCGAGCUAGACUUUGAAGAGUUCUGUGUCGCGAUGCGUCUGAUCUUCGACUUGGUCAACGGGGAAUACCAGGACGUGCCGAAAAGCCUGCCAGAUUGGCUGAUUCCCGAGAGUAAAGCACACCUAGUCCAGGCGAACCGCGCCUUGACCGGCCAUUCGCAGGCGCAAUUUGAGAGGAUCGAGGAUGACGAAGAAGAUGCUGGCCUGAAAGACGGGUUUGACUGGUACAUGAACCCGGGUGACAAGCGCAAGUACGAGGAGAUCUAUUCGGCGAACAAGGACCGCAGGGGAGAAAUCAGCUUUGAGAGCUUGCAUACACUCUACGGCAGUCUGGAUGUGCCAGACACGGAUGUGAGGAGUGCUUGGAAUCUGGUCAACACGAGUGGCCGCAAGACCAUAUCGAAGGAUGCUUGUCUCGCAUUCCUACACAUUCUCAACUAUCGCCACGAAGGGUUCCGGAUACCGCGCACCGUCCCUCCGAGUCUGCGAGCCAGUUUCGAGGGGAAUCAAAUUGACUACCAGAUCGACAGUGUCCGGAACAGGCCCAACAAAUACGACGAGGACACUUCGACUGGACGGAAAGCCAAGUUCGGCGACGCCUACCUUAGCCGCAUUGGGGGCAGAGGUGGUUCCGCCUACGAGCCGAAAGGGACCGAUUUCUCAGACGUGGUCGAGGAUGAAGACCUGGAAAAGGUACGGCUCUUGCGAGAGUUGAGGGAACUCGAGGCCCAGCACGAUGCGGCGACUGCGGCCUCGGAUAGGAGACGAAAGCAAAAGACGGAGAAUGGAGGUCCAAGACAGCCGGGCAAGACGAAUUGGACCCUGGUCAAACGAGAGGCGCAGCAGAUGCUCGAAUACAAGCAGCGGCAGUACGUGGCAUUGAACUCGGAAGAUGCCAACACGUCAGGCGGAGACUUGAAGAGGCUCCGAGACGACCUGGCCUUGGUAUCGGAGCAGAUCGACGGGCUCGAGUCGCAUCUGAGGAAGCGAGAGGCAGAGCUCGAAAGCAUACGCCGCGAGAUAGAGAACGAGAAGUCGAGUAGAUGA